CUAAAUCCGAAGCAUCGCGAGAGCAAGCGUCAAAGGACACGUCAUAGGGUCAAGUUUAGAUUCGCGGCCUUAAGUCGUUAUCGCUAUUAUCAGUGCGGCGCUAAUUUCGUCGUGGCGUUCCUUAAUUCGUCGUCGUCGUCGUCGACGGCGGAGUUUUUGCUCGGUUGGCCGUAGUCCAGAGCUUGCGCGCAGGCCGCUAGAAAAUAAUUCACAAUCGCCGCUAAGGUCAGCAGGCUUCUAAGUCAGUCGGUCAGUCGUGCCUCGCGAUUGAUCAGCUGUCGAUCGGCGGAUACCAUUGAAGAAGAAAAUUAAAGGAAACAGAGGGAUGCCGGACGCGAAGAAGAGGGUAUGCAUCGUCGGCAGCGGCAACUGGGGCUCGGCGAUCGCGAAGAUCGUCGGUGCAAAUGUGAUGAAGUUCAACAAUAUAUUCGAGACUCGAGUGACAAUGUACGUGUACGAAGAGAUCAUUAACAACGAAAAAUUAACCGACAUAAUCAACACCCUCCACGAGAACGUCAAGUAUCUGCCUGGACAUAAACUUCCGGAAAAUGUGGUCGCCAUACCUGAUGUUGUGGAGGCCGCAAAAGAUGCCGACAUCCUCGUUUUUGUCUUGCCACAUCAGUUCAUUCGCACGUUGUGCUCGACACUGCUGGAUAAUAUAAAGCCAACUGCAGUUGGCCUCUCCCUUAUUAAGGGAUUCGGUCGAGGAGAGGGGAACAGUAUCGAGUUGAUCUCCAAGAUCAUUGAGAAGAAUCUGCGAAUACAAUGCAACGUUCUGAUGGGUGCCAAUCUCGCCAACGAGGUUGCCGAAGAGAAGUUUUGCGAAACUACGAUUGGGUGCAAAGAUAAACGAUUGGCGCCGGUGCUGAGAGAUCUCAUUCAAACUUCCAACUUCCGAGUGGUCGUCGUGGAAGAUUGCGAGACCGUGGAAGUCUGUGGAGCAUUGAAGAACAUUGUGGCAUGCGCAGCUGGCUUCGUGGAUGGCCUUGGGCUGGGUGAUAACACGAAGGCCGCGGUGAUCCGAUUAGGGCUGAUGGAGAUGGUCAAGUUCGUCGAUACUUUCUACAGCGGUUCGAAGCUCUCCACAUUUUUCGAGAGCUGUGGCGUGGCGGAUCUGAUCACUACCUGCUACGGAGGAAGAAAUCGCAGAGUCUGCGAGCAGUUCGUCAAGACUGGCAAGACCAUCACGCAGUUGGAAGAUGACCUAUUGUCCGGGCAGAAGCUGCAGGGGCCGGCAACAGCGGACGAAGUCCACGACAUGCUGAAGGCGCGUAAUCUCAUGGACAAGUUUCCACUGUUCACUGCGGUGCACCGCGUCUGUACCGACCAGCUGCGGCCGGCCGAUCUCAUCGAUCAGAUUCGCAGCCACCCUGAGCACGUGAUGAGAUUAGAGGAAGCAAGCGCGUAGUUAUCACGUGAAGCAUAAAUUGGACUCGCACAAUAAGCAGCCUACGAAACAAAUUAAGAGAGAAACGAGUUAGACAACGAAAUCUGUAUAUAUAAUUCGUAUGCAACGUAUUCUUCCUAUCCUUUACACUUAUGAUACAAAAUGAUAUUUACAAAAAUUUAUAAGGCCUUUAAAUAAUCAAGUAUUCACAAUCAA